GCCGGGGCCGGCGGCCGGAGUGCUGUUCCGGGUCGGGAGGGCUGGAAGAUGGCGGCGCCCAUGGAGCUGUACUGCUGGGCCCCGGGCUGGGGCUUGCCCUCGGUGGAUCCCGACUGCCUGACGGUGCUGACUUACGCCCGAUUCACAGGAGCGCCUCUCAAGGUUCACAAAAUCGCCAACCCCUGGCGAAGCCCCUCAGGGACCCUCCCAGCGCUGAGGACCAAGGACGAGGGCGUCCUCUCGGAUACGCAACAGAUUAUUACCCAUCUCAGGAAACAGAAAUUCAAUGCGGAUUACGACCUCUCGGCCCGGCAGGGGGCCGACACGCUCGCCUUUGUGUCUCUGCUGCAGAAGAAGCUGCUGCCCGUGUUGAUCCACACGUUCUGGGUGGAUGCCAAAAACUACGUGGAGCACACGCGGAAGUGGUACGCCAAAGCCAUCCCCUUCCCGCUGAACUUCUUCUUGCCGGUCCGCAUGCACAAGCGGCAGCUGGAGCGGCUGCAGAUGAUCUGCGGAGAAAACUUCCUGGAGAACGAGGAGGUGCUGGAGAAGGAGCUGUACCGGGAAGCCUGCGAGUGCCUGACACUCCUGUCCCAGCGCCUUGGGAGGCAGAAGUUCUUUUUCGGAGACUCGCCAGCUUCCUUGGAUGCCUUUGUCUUCAGCCAUCUGGCCCCUCUCCUGAAGGCCAAGCUGCCCAACGGGAAGCUCCAGCAGCACUUGAAGACCUUACCAAAUCUCUGCAAUUACUGCAUGACCAUCUUGAGUCUCUACUUCCCCUGGGAUGAAGGUGACCCCCCGCCUGUGGUUCCCAAGGCAGCCACCGGCGACGAGGCCGAGGAGGACCCCUACAAACGCCGGAACCAGAUCCUGUCCGUGCUGGUGGGGCUGGCGGCCAUGAUCGGUUACGCUUUCCUCAGCGGCAUCGUCUCUGUCCAGAGGCAGGUGCCGAGCCAGUUACGGCCUCGUGCCAUCAACCUGGAGGAAGAAGAGGAGGAGGAAGAGGAGUGACGCACACAGGCGGAAGACGUGCGCCGUCAUCUUUCCACGGACUGUUUUGUACCUGGCCAGGACCGGCCCACCCGUCUCCUCAGACUUUUUCCACUUAUCCAUUCCAGAGUCCGGGGUGGGGGUGGGGAACUGAAGCCAAUAAAUC